CGCAUUUUGGACCCGCGGUGUUACCGUGGAACAACGUCUGUAUUUAUGAAAUACUGCAAAGGGAGGAUGUGUAUUUUUAUGUUUCUCAGGAUUUAUUGAACUAUGCACAUUAGUAAUAUUCAUUAAAUGGACAUCCUUUGGUGAAGAGGUUUUCGUCAUGGCAACUCGAGAGUAUACAGCGUUUACGGCGAUUCUGCGCUAUUUCACUGUGUUAUGUUUCUGCGGUAAUGUACUGCCUCAAAUCCGCUACUCUAUUGCAGAAGAAUCUGCACGAGGAUCUGUUGUGGGAUAUAUUGCAAAAGAUCUCGGCCUUGAUGUGAAUAAACUUAAAGAACGAAGGUUUCGGAUUGUUUCUGGAUCAAAGGACGGCUUCUUACAGAUAAACCAGGACAAUGGAGCACUUUUUGUGAGUGGGAACAUCGACCGGGAGGAGCUUUGCGAGAAAAGCCUAUUGUGCGCAGUAAACCUUAAAACCGUAGCCGAAAAUCCUUCGGAAAUCCAUUAUAUCGAGGUAGAAAUUGUAGAUAUUAACGAUAAUUCACCUGCUUUUCCUGUGCGUGAAAAGCAUUUAGAGAUUCCAGAAAAUGCGGUGCCCCAAAGUACGCGCCUCCCACUAGACGCUGCGCGUGAUUCAGAUGCUGGGUUAAAUGCUCUGCAUAAGUACACCCUUAGUCCUAAUAACUACUUUGAAUUAGAUAUUAAAACACGUGAAGAAGACAAAAUUCCAUUUUUGAUAUUGAAAAAGCAGCUUGAUAGAGAACAGACACCCACGUUUAAUUUAACUUUGACAGCAUUUGAUGGAGGAAAACCAGAAAGAUCCGGUUCAGUUAACAUUACAAUAACUGUUGUUGACAUUAACGAUAACGCCCCGCUUUUUGAUCGUCAGGUGUACAGUGUAGCAUUAGAGGAAAAUGUCGAGAUUGGCUCAUUGGUAGUAAAACUACAUGCCACAGAUUUAGAUGAAGGUGCUAACGGACAAGUUGUUUAUGGGUUUGACAAAAGUCUGAUGAGGAAAGAGUUUGAAAUAUUUGAAAUUAAUUCUAAUACAGGAGAUAUUAUUGUAAAAGGAUCGAUCGAUUUCGAAGAGCAGCGUGUGUAUGAAUUAGACAUACAGGCUUCUGAUAAAGGACAAGUCCCUUUAACAGGUCACUGCAGCAUCAUAAUUAGUAUAAAAGAUUUGAAUGAUAACACACCCGAGAUUGAUGUGACCUCACUCUCCACUGACAUAGUGGAGGACUCAAAGCCAGGGACAAUUAUAUCUCUGAUCAGUGCAUCUGACAGAGAUUCAGGUGAAAAUGGUAUGGUUAUAUGUAGCCUUACAGAUGACAUCCCUUUUGAACUGAAACCCUCUUUCCAGAAAAGCAUGUACUCUCUAAUAACUAAAGAUCUGUUAGACAGGGAGACUAUUUCUUUAUACACAAUAACUAUAAUGUGCAAAGAUAGAGGAGAGCCAUCUUUAUCCUCACAAAAGACAAUACAAAUAAAUAUUGCAGAUGUUAAUGACAACAGUCCUGUCUUUACUCAAAACCCAUUUUAUUUUUAUAUUAGUGAAAAUAACACACCAGGCACUUCUAUAUUUUCCAUAAAUGCAUUUGACAUUGACCAGAAUGAAAAUGCACAGAUAUCUUACCACAUUUUAAAAGCAGAAGGCCAUGAAGCAAACAUGGUAUCUUACCUAAAUAUAAACUUAGUGGAUGGGAAUGCUUAUGUUUAUGCACUAAAAGGCUUUGACUUUGAAACCACAAAAAUGUUUCAGUUUCAUAUUGUUGCUUCAGAUUCUGGAACUCCAUCCCUAUCUAACAAUGUCACUGUAAAUGUGUUCAUUCUG